ACGGCGUCACAACCCUAAUAAAAAAUUUCACGCGGACUCUUCUUCUUCUUUCUCGCGAGAACAAAAGAGUUCUCACCAACCAAACAACUGGCUACCCCUUCAUCUUCUCUCUAGAUAUUCUCUCCAACUAAAGAUGGAAGAUACAGAGACUACCAAUGGUAUGGGAAUCAUGGAUGAGGAGUUUGUUGUAGUUUCAAUGGAUGGUGUUUCAUAUACUGAAAAUGCAGAAGAUAAAGAUUCAAUUUGAGACUCAUGAUGUCUAAUUUUUUUUUCCAAGGUGUAAGAUGCAUUUAAAGAUUUCAAAAUUUGUUUUUUUCAAUGUGCUAACAAAUAUUGUCUAUUUUUUGAAAGGCUGAAGCGGGUAAAGUGGGUGAAACGGGUGAAAACACGAUCCAUUAGUAAUAAUGGUUCGUGUCGGGUUAUUCGCGAAUUUAAACGGGUCGUGUUUGGGUCUAGUAUAUCUCACCCGUUAGCUUAACGAGUUAGGAACACGACCCGAAACUCGCAAACACUACCCGUUUGCCAGGUCAGUUGUAAUGCGGCUUUGGGCCGUCUGCUACUUUGGACAAAGAAAAAGAUUAAAAUUUUCAAUUCCAUUUGUUGAUUGCUUCAUCACCCCAACUAAAACCCCAAAAUUAACCCACCAUCCCAUUCACCAAAAGCAGUGUUGGGAAUUUGUGAUGAUUUUGGAUCUCAGCUGAAGUGUUUGUUUUAGUGUUUGAGUUAGAAAUGGCAGCAAGACAAAUGGAAGAGAUACAGAGGAAGCUGGCGAUGCUGAAUUACUCGAGAGCCAAUGCGCCUGCUCAGUCUCUCCUCUUCGCCGGGAUGGAACGCUAUGCUCUUCUCGAAUGGCUGUUCUUCCGCUUGUUGGGGGACAAGUCACCCUUUUCUCAACAGAGUCUUCAAGGGGACGCCAUGGAUCGGGACGAAGAGACUGCUCGCAUCCAAUAUUUGGCAGAGAUUGCAAAGUUUUUGGGUAUUACUACUACUGUAGACACAGAAGUUAUCCAAGGACGAGGAAGCUAUGAAGAUCGCACUGAAAUGCUUCGUCUUAUUGUAGAUCUUGUGGAGGCGAGCAUUUAUGCUGAUAAUCAAGAAUGGAGUAUCGAUGAGCAGGUAGCGAAGGACAUACAACUGAUUGAUUCUAUUGCUGAAAGACAAGCUCAAAUAUUCUCCGAGGAGUGCAAAUUAUUCCCUGCUGAUGUUCAAAUUCAGUCCAUAUAUCCAUUGCCUGAUGUUUCUGAAUUGGAAAAAAAGCUUUCAGAACAAUCAAAGAUACUCUUAAGUCUUCAACAGAAGGUUGACGAUUUGGCAUCAAAGCAUGCAUACAACCCAGAUGAGGAUUAUGCAGAGGUGGAGUCCAGAUUGCGUUCACAUUUGGAAUCUUUCCUAGAAACUGCAAGAUCAUUCAACACGAUUUACACUAAGGAAAUACGUCCCUGGACACACAUGAUGGAGGUACCCCAGCUCCAUGGGUUUGGGCCAGCUGCCAAUCGCUUGUUAGAGGCAUACAAGAUGCUUUUAAAGUUCCUAGGGAACUUGAGGAAUCUUAGAGACUCCCACGCAGCUCUUGCUGUCGGAUCAUCUGACUCAGUUGCGGGUGAGCCCUCGUCUGUCACGAGAAUAAUCUCUGAAUGUGAAUCUGCAUUGACAUUCUUAAAUCGUGACCUUGGAAUUCUCUCGGCUUCCAUUGCUCGCGAGCAAGGUGGGGAGGUGAAUUUAUAACAAAAUUAUUAGUCAUUGGGAGGAAGGCCAUGAAUUCUGUCUCUUCCUCAUCUUCUGGGAAUGCAGAUGAAUGUUAUGAAAAUGUAGUUUAUUUGUGUUGCAUGAAAGCGAACUAAAUGUAAUAUCGAUUAUGAGUUCAUAUUGUCAACCAUGAUAGUCUUUUGUGCGUUGAUCUCUCACCAUGUUCAUUUGACUAAGAGUGGAAUUUAUGGGAAGAAGAAAAUCAAAUGUUCCUUUCCA